AUAAUCUGUAAAUCGACGUUUUAAAAAUGUGAGAGAAUUUCGAAUAAUGUUCAGUCCAUAGAAAAGAGAGGGAGGGAGGUUCAGUCAUUAACGAAACUUAAAUUAAGCUUAAUGUUAAGACUGGGUACGUAUAUUACUAGCGCCUUAAAAUACAAUGAUUUUGAUUUGAUUUGUUACACGCGCAUUUGGGCUUUCACUCGGUGGCAAGGAGUCGUCCACUUUCUCACUCUUUCCCUCCCCCCUUACAAUCCCACUUUCUUUUUAGUUGUCUCCUCAGGCCCCUUGCAUCUCUAACCCCCAGCAAAGGCUGUUAUCGGUAAUCUAGGAUAUUAAAUUGUUGUUUAAAUUAAAACAGGGCAGCUUGUAGUAUUUGAAUUAUGCGGCUUUCACGUAUCACCAACUUGACAAUACUUGUGCCACCAUUCCAUGACCUGCGCUAUGAAAUUUCUCUUGUAGAGAAGAUUUGACAACUCGAGAGAAACGUCAAACGUAAUAAUAUACUGAAAUUACGUGUUUAUAAGCUCACGUAGAAUUUUAAUUAUUAGCUUAUCUUUUUUGACGAUUAUUUAAAUAGUAGCAGCUCCUUAAUCGAUACAUAGCCAACCUCCACAAAUAAUCAAUAUGUUUAUCAAAACGAAAGUUCAAAGAAACAAGUUGGCUGUAAAGUAGCGUCGUGUCAUUCAAGCUUGUAAAUACACUUGUGACAGUGAGCAAGUGACGAUUUUUUAGAAUAUUUUCUAUUCUUUAUGUAAUGCGACGGACUAACGACUACCAUGGGCAAUACUGACACAAAAUUAAACUUCAGGAAAGCUGUUGUACAGCUGACAUCCAAAACACAGCCAAUUGACGCUGGUGACGACAGUUUCUGGGACCAGUUCUGGUCGGAAAAUGUGACCAGCAUUCAAGAUGUGUUCACGCUGGUGCCAGCGCUUGAAAUUCGAGCGUUACGCGAAGAAGCCCCCUCCAACCUGGCGACCUUGUGUUACAAAGCUGUGGAGAAACUUGUGAAAGCAGUUGAUAACAGCUGUCGAACCCAGCACGAGCAGCAGACAGUGCUGAACUGCGUGCGCCUCCUCACUCGGCUCCUGCCGUACAUAUUCGAGGACCCGGACUGGCGGGGGUUCUUCUGGUCCAGCCUGCCGGGGCAGAACCAGGACGAGGAGGACGAGACGUCCAUGCCGCUGGCCCAGUCCCUCAUCAACGCCAUCUGCGAUCUUCUUUUCUGCCCUGAUUUCACAGUGGCGUCCAACAGAAAGGCUGGGCCAGACAAGGCGGAAGACCUACAGUCCAUAGACAGCUGCGAGUACAUCUGGGAGGCGGGCGUGGGCUUCGCACACACCCCCCCGCGGUACCCCACCUACGACUGCAACCGGACCGAACUGCUGAAACUGCUGCUGACGUGCUUCAGCGAGACCAUGUACCAGCCACCGGUCGAUCUGUCGAGCGCCCCGAACCGCUGGAUCCAGUGCUUCACGAGCCCCGACAACCGGCACGCGCUGCCCCUGUUCACGUCGCUGCUGAACACGGUGUGCGCCUACGACCCGGUGGGGCUGGGCAUGCCCUACAACCACCUGCUGUUCAGCGACUCGCUGGAGCCCCUGGUGGACGCCGCGCUGCAGAUCCUCAUCGUGACGCUGGACCACGACACCUCGAGCGGGGGCGCCCCCGAGGGGGAGGAGGCUGCAACUCCGGACAACUUGUUCAUAAACUACCUGUCGCGCAUCCACCGCGACGAGGACUUCUUCUUCGUGCUGCGGGGCUUCACCCGGCUGCUGAACAACCCGCUGAUCCAGACCUACCUGCCCAACUCCACCAAGAAGGUGCAGUUCCAUCAGGAGCUGCUCGUGUUCUUCUGGAAGAUGUGCGACUACAACAAGAAAUUCCUGUACUAUGUGCUUAAAAGCAGUGAUGUGUUGGAUGUUCUUGUUCCAAUCCUGUUUCACCUCAACGAUUCCCGCGCAGAUCAGUCUCGUGUGGGGUUGAUGCAUAUUGGAGUGUUCAUCUUGUUGCUCUUGAGCGGUGAAAGGAACUUCGGGGUUCGGUUGAACAAGCCGUACACCGCCACCAUUCCCAUGGACAUCCCCGUGUUCACGGGAACCCAUGCAGAUCUUUUGAUAACAGUUUUCCACAAGAUUAUUACCACUGGUCACCAGCGAUUGCAACCUCUGUUUGAUUGUCUUCUCACCAUACUGGUCAAUGUGUCCCCGUACCUGAAGACCUUGUCGAUGGUCGCGAGCACCAAGCUCCUGCACCUGCUGGAGGCGUUCAGCACGCCCUGGUUCCUGUUCUCGUCCCCGACCAACCACCACCUGGUCUUCUUCCUGCUCGAGAUAUUCAACAACAUCAUCCAGUACCAGUUUGACGGCAACUCGAACCUGGUGUACACGAUCAUCCGCAAGCGGCAGGUGUUCCACACGCUGGCCAACCUGCCGAGCGACUACGGCGCCAUCACCAAGUCGCUGACGAAGCGCUCGCGCCGCCACCUGCCCAGCGUGGUGUCCACGGAGAGCGUGGCGGAGACCCCCAGCAUGGAGGGCUCGCGCCCCGCCCUGCCGGCCGAGCCGGGGACGCUCAAGGCCACGCUGCCCGACACCCCAGGCAUCGACAAGAUGACGGAGAAGGAGUCUGCGCACCCGUCGGUCCAGCAGCUGUGCGAGCUGGCCAGCGCGGCCGCCGUGAACGGCAGCGCGGGCGGGGACGUGCCAGCAGUUUCGGCUGCGGACGCCGCGCGCUCCCUCGCGGAGCUGGAGGAGGCCACCAGAGCCCUUGGCACCCCUGCAGCGCUGUCAUCACCCACUCCUUCUACUCACUCAGCAGUCAGCUCAAAGUCAGCUGCUCGUAAAGUUUCAGAUUCCUCGUCAUCGGGGAUGCAGAGGAACGUGUUCCAGAGGCGUAGCCUGCGGGUGACGGAGAGGGGUGUGGAACAGGGCGCUCCCUGGGUGCCGACCUCGGAGUGGGUCAACUCCUGGAAGGGCAAGCUGCCUCUGCAGACCAUCAUGAGGCUGCUGCAGGUGCUCGUGCCGCAGGUGGAGAAGAUAUGCAUCGACAAGGGCCUGACGGACGAGAGCGAGAUCCUCAAGUUCCUGCAGCACGGCACGCUGGUGGGCCUGCUGCCCGUGCCCCACCCCAUCCUCAUCAGGAAGUACCAGGCCAACUCGGGCACCACCACGUGGUUCCGCACCUACAUGUGGGGCGUGAUCUAUCUCAGGAACGUAGACCCUCCUAUCUGGUACGACACGGACGUCAAACUGUUUGAGAUCCAGAGGGUGUGAGGUGCCGAGCCAGAGCUACGAGCAAGUUACCUGUGACUGCAGGCUGCUAUCUUAUCAGUGUAGUGCUGUGCGUUCUCUUACUUUCUCCGCACGCACUUUGUGUUACGUUCAUGUGUUUUCUUUGUAACUAGCCUUGGAAUGUGAACUAUGGAAAAAUUUUUAUUUUUAUCUAUGCAUAUUACAGGUAGUCUUAAAUAGUAAGGUUGGAUUGCCACAAGCAGAUCAAUUGUACACUAAGUUGACAAAUACAUACAAUUAAGACAUUUGUGGCUAAAAUAUAUGUCAAAAAUUAACUCCAAAUGAUUGGUGAUGAUUCAGUAAAAAUAAGUAAAUUUGAUUGUUUGCAAGUUUUUUUAUUAUAGGUAAGUUGAAAUAGCAUGAUUCUGCUUGAAAAUCUAGUCAAAAAGAUGAAUACAUAAAGUCUGUUUUAAGUACAUAUGUUUUAAGAGCUCCAUUGGUCAGUCACUGGUACCAGCAUUAUUGAAGGUAUGCACAAAAAUCCAAUUGUUAUUAAACUAAACAUUCUGUAACUCUAAAGUUAUAUAUACUCUUUAAUAAUAUCACGAGUGCUGCAUCCAGAGAAUCUGAAGCACAUACACAUGUGUUUUACAAAUGUGAAACGUUUAUAGUAAUUAGUAACCUUUGUGCUUUCCAGAUCAUACAUUAAUUUCAUGUAUUUUGACAUUUAGGUCAUACUUUUUUUUUUUAAAUCAUCAUCAUCAUCAUCAUCAUCAUCAACUGUGCAUCUGUGUAGGGUGAAGUUUAGAAAAAUUUCUGAGUGUUAUCAAUAAAAUUUAGGUGGCAACACGACGCAGAUCAGGAAUAUUGGCGCAGGAAUUGCCGAUCAAGAUCCUCAGAGACUCCAGUCCAAUGUCUAAUCAUUAAUCAUUUCACCAUAUUAGCCAACUCAUGAUCAUGUUUCAUGUAUUGUUAUUUUUUUCAGUAUUCACAGUGCCCGCACAUCUGGAGUACUUGUCAGAUUGACCGGCACACCCCGACCCUCUAUAACUUCUCAUUUUAUUGUAAACAAUAAAAACAAGUCUUGGUCAAGCAAAAACAUUUGGGCAUAAUAGUAUCCUUAUUUAUUAUUACAGUAAGGUUGUCUAAAUGUCUAUCCAUUGAACCGGUAGAACUUGAUAAACAAAUACCUGUCAGUUAUUCAUUUCGCCAGUCCAUUGAACAAAAAUAAACUAUUUGUUAUCAAAUACACAGGCUCUAUUGGACAGUAAAAAUAAUUAGUCCUGUUAGGAUUAGAUGGCAGGUAAGAUUUUCUUUGGGAAAAUGAACUCGGUGUUAAGUGGAUGUUUUUUACACUUGUGUUACGAAGUGGGGUUACUCCUCUUUCAGCUAUCCUUCCAGAGGCACCUGGUUGUAAGGGAGGUUAGCCACAUUUCUGGUUGGCUGGAAGACUGAGGGUGUUUUGUGAACAGAGAUGGGUGGCAUUUCUUUAAACGGUUGCCCUGCUCGUAAGAAAGUUUGAAAAUGAGAGGCUAGUUAAUAAUAGGUGUCCGUGUCUGCUUUCAAUUUAAGUAAAACCAUCUAAAGAAGUUUCCUGAUUAAUAACCAUAAAUAUUUUUCACAUCAUCCCAGCAAUUACAUUCUGGGAUCAAAAUUAUAUGUACCUGUACAUAUUACUUGAUGCUAUAUUUUUACUUGAUGAUGAUGUACUUAAGAUCAUAAAUAUAGCAGUACAUGGGUAGGAACUUAGUGUAUAUGAAAGAUUUUUCAACAGUGGUGCUUGCUGAGAUCAGUUUAAUGUCUGGUACAUAUUUACAAAUUUGUUUGUGCACAUGUGAAAUAUAUUAACUUCGUUAUUUCUUGUUCAUUGUGUUUCAAAUUCAUGUGUUAAACAAAAUCAUUAGUCUUUGUAGAUCAAAGUGUGCAAUAUAAAUUUCAAAUAUAAGUGAUUCAUGGGUUUUUGCAUUUGUUUGCUCAUUAUUUAAAUUGAAAAAUUUUACCUGUUUUGAUUUCUAAUACAUUUGUGUAUUGCUUUGCUAACGUGGAAUAUUCUUACAUGCCACAAUAUUGUCGACCAUUACCGUGUAUAUAUUUAGAGAUAAUUUAUUAUAAAUUGUUUAUUUAAUGAUCACACAUGUUUUCAACCUAUUUAUAACAAUUUAUAUAUUCAUAUUGUAUUUUAUUUAUUUUAUGUUGUGAGUGAUCUGAUUCAUAUAUUUUUAUGGAAGUAACAAUGUUGUUAAUGUAUAAUUUACAUAGUAAAGUGAUGUUCAACAAAAUGUUGUUACUAAUGUACUGAUAGUACAUGUUUAGUAUGUAAAUUCUUGUAGUUGAAAGCCUGAUUCUAUGUGUGAGAAUCAAGAAUUAUUAGUUGAAGGUAGAGAUUUGUGUCAAAAAUUAUUUUUAGCAACUGAUAAACUUUUUCAUUGCAAUAUAA